CUUUAAUCCUUAAUUAUAUAACAAUAAUGGCUGUUGACACCGAUACACCAACUAAAGCUUCAUGGGCUGAUGAAUACGAAGAUGAAGAAGAUUCUCUUCAACCUCAAGUUUACACAGAUGAAGACGGCAAUAAGGUCAUUGUUGAAUUUAGAGUAAACGAAGAUGGCAAAAAAGUCAAGGUUACUCGUAAGAUUCGCUCUAAGCUUGUAACUGAACAUGUCAACAAAGCUGUUGCUCAGCGUAAAAAAUGGGCUAAAUUUGGUGAAGAAAAAGGUAAAAAGCCUGGACCUGAUCUCUCUACAACAACCAUUGGUGAAAAUAUCCCCCUUAAGUUAGGAUCCAGUGCUGGCAAGGAUUUGGAAGCCGCUGCAGAACAAGAAGCUAAAGAAAAGAUUCAAAGUCAACAUAAGGCAAAGAAUAUUGCAUGCCGUAUUUGUAAAGGAGAGCACUUCACAUCUAAAUGUCCUUAUAAGGAUACAAUGAAGCCAUUUGAUGAAAUUGCUUCUACUCUUGAAACUGUUAAACUUGAUAGUUCUGAGGCAGUAGCAGCAGCAGCAGCAGCAGUGACAGACUCAUCAAAUGGUGGAAGCAAAUAUACACCUCCUCAUCUCCGUAAUAAGGGAGCUGGUGGUGCAGGAGCUGGUUCUGGUGAAUCUAUGCGUGAACAAAAGCGUGAUGACUCUGCUACCCUUCGUGUUACUAACUUGUCUGAAGAUGCUACUGAAAGUGAUAUCCAUGAUCUCUUUAAUCGUUUCGGUGGCAUUGCUCGCAUCUAUUUGGCUCGUGAUCAUGAAACUAAUCUCUGUAAAGGUUUUGCUUUUGUUUCAUUUUAUGACCGUGAAGAUGCUGAAAAAGCUCAAAAAGCAGUUAAUGGUUAUGGUUAUGAUAACCUUAUUUUAAGAGUUGAGUUUGCUCGUAAUUCUUAAUAAAUGACUGUGACGUAUAAAAUAAAUAUUUUUUUUUUCAAUAUCAGCCAUA